AUGCCUUCAAAUUGUACGAAAGAGGUACAUAACGAACGCAGGACGUCGCGGAGGUCCAGAUUUGGCUGUCGGAAUUGCAAGCUUCGAAAACUUAAAUGCGACCAAGGUAAACCACGAUGCGAAAGAUGCAUCUCUUUCGGGCUGUUGUGCAACUUCCUGGCCAAUGUCCCAGACCUCCAGCCCGUCGGUACUGACACGUGGCCGUUGGUGGCUCGAGAACACGAAGUUAUCAAGCCUCCCCUCACAAACGCCGUCUGGACAUCGGACGGCUUUACAUCCUUCCAGCUGAACUCAAAAUGUCAAGAUUUCGUAACACGAUAUCUUGGGAGAAGUCUCAUUAACCCCAGAGACACCCAGAUGGCACAAGUCAAUCGUGGGCUUUUCGAACUUACCUUUGAAUAUCCCUGUUUGAUGCACGCCUCUCUAGCCGUGGCGUUUACGUAUGACCGGUAUCUCAAUGCCUCCCAAGACUGUCGCCCCACUGUAGAUGAGUGUUUUCACUGGUCUCAAGGCACAGCUCUCCUGAACAAGCGGUUGAGGGAGCCGAUUAAAGUGAAAGAUAAAGAUCCAAUUUGGGGUACCGCGGCUGCUUUGGCUUUGUUGACCUUCUCCUCCCCUAACGCAGGCACCCCCGAACAGGCGUGGCCUCUCAAGCCAUCUAGCACCUCCGACUUGGUCUGGCUACGCAUGAUUAAUGGUAAAAUGGCAUUAUGGCACAUUAUGGACCCUUUGCGACCUGACAGUCUCUUCCACGUUAUGGCGCCAACCUAUUCUCAUAUGCAAUCACCGUUGCCCCAGAAAGGCAUAAAUGGCAUACCAGUGGACUUAGUUGCCGUGUGUAACCUACAAGAUUCGUCUACUGCGGAAGAAAAUCCAUAUUUCCAUGCCGCACACGCGGUCUCUCAGAUUAUAGCCCUACCGGAUCGCGAGGUCACAACAGGCCAUACUCAAGUCUUCACUCGGAUAAUUCAUGGCUCUUUUGAAGACUUGCUACGGGCCAGGGAUCCUGUAGCAUUACUGUUAUUCUACCUGUGGUAUCGCAAAGCGAGUCGUAUCAUAUGGUGGAUUGAGCUUAGAGCAAGAGUGGAGUGUUCUUCUAUCUGUUUAUACUUACAGACUUAUCAUAAAGAGAAUCAUAGAAUCCAGUCAUUCCUGCAUGUUGGGGGCUUCUAA